AUGGCGCAAGGAAUACCGUCAAGCGUGGAUCCGAUAGGGCGACUCAGGGUUGAACAAGUGGCUCCAGCUGCAGCUGAGAACGUCGAGGUGCCACCACCAAAGACAGCGGAGCCGGAGGAAACCACCGAGGCUCCCAAACCAACUGAAGAAGCAGAGGAAACAAAAAUGGAGACUGAGGAGAUCAAGAAAGAAGAAGAAGCGGUUGUGGAGGAAGAGAAGAAGCCAGAAGCAGAGGAGGAGAAACCAACUGAAGUAGCUGCCGUGGAAACCUCCGCAGCUCCGGUGGAAGUUCCAGUGGAGAGGGCUGAUGAGUAA